GUCACUCUCUGCGAAUUAAAAAACUUUAAAAACUAUUUUAUCCGACAAUACCCUGGAUGUAUAACACAAUUAUGAAAUUUCGUUAGUACUUGCAGGGAAUACAGUUAUUGAAAGGCAGUUAUUAUUCGAGAAUUUUUGCUAACAUGGAGCUGUGGAUAUGGACGUGGCGGAUUUUCUUCCUAGCUUUGGUCCUCUCCCUGCUGGAUUCAGUGCUGCCGCAGCUGCGCUACACCGUCCACGAGGAACUGGAACACGGGGCUUUUGUCGGCAACAUAGCCGAGGACCUUGGUUUAGACGCCAACAAACUCUCUACCCGUAGGUUUCGCACUGUUUCGGCUUCAAAGAAACAAUAUUUAGAGGUGAAUUUAGAGAACGGCGUUUUAUUUGUGAAUGACAGAAUCGAUCGAGAGCAACUAUGUGAGCAAAGUCCAUAUUGUUCUUUCCAUCUCCAAGUUGUUAUCGAAAAUCCAUUGGAGUUGUAUAUAGUGGAGGUCGAAAUUUUGGAUGUGAACGACAACUCUCCAAGUUUUCCAUGGGGUGAAUUUAACCUGGAUAUUUCCGAGUCUGCGAUUCCCGGGUCACGUUUCUCACUUGAAAGUGCGCAGGACCUGGAUGUUGGUGAUAACUCUCUCCGCUCAUAUCUACUAAGCGUAAACGAACAUUUCGUCUUGGACAUACAAACUCGUAGCGAUGGUAGUAAGUUUGCGGAACUCAUUUUGGAGAGCCCCCUGGACAGAGAGCAGCAGAAGACCCAUCAAAUGGUUCUUACCGCGGUGGACGGAGGCUUGCCAGAGAGAUCCAGUACUACCCAGAUAAACAUAGUGGUUCUUGAUGCAAAUGACAACGCACCUGUUUUCGACCAGAACUUCUAUAAGGUGAGGCUUGUAGAGAACGUACCGGAAGGUACGGUGGUAAUAAAACUGAAUGCGUCAGAUCUGGAUGAAGGAUCAAACGGAGAGAUUGCAUACACUUUCAGUGGGCACGCUCCCAUGAAAGUGCGCGAACUAUUUACGGUUGAUUCACUUACCGGAGAGAUCAAGGUGAAAGGACUCGUGGAUUACGAAAAGGCAAGAAUGCAUGAAAUAUAUGUACAAGCGAAGGAUAAAGGACCGUCUGCAGUGGCAGUACACUGCAGAGUUCUAGUUAGUGUCGUAGACGUGAACGACAAUCUUCCGGAGGUAAUUCUCACCUCCGUUUCAACACCGGUCCGAGAGGAUGCACCCCCCGGCACAGUAAUAGCCGUCAUCAGCGUGAUGGAUCCGGAUUCGGGAGAAAACGGAAACGUGCACUGCGAAAUUCCACAUCAUGUACCAUUUCAGCUUUAUUCUCCGUUUAAGAACCACUACACUUUGGUUACAAACGAUUUUCUAGACAGAGAGACGGUAUCCGAAUAUAAUGUUACUAUCACAGCCAGGGACAUGGGCUCACCUCCACUUUUCACUAAAAAAUCUCUACUGGUACAGGUUUAUGAUAUUAAUGACAACGUUCCCUGGUUCAAGCAGCCGUCGUACACUGUUUACCUGACAGAGAAUAAUGCUCCAGGAGCAUCGGUUUUUACUGUUACGGCACAGGAUGCAGAUGUGGAUCAAAACUCUUAUUUGUCAUACUCUAUUUUGGAAAGUGUCAUACAAGCAAUGCCCGUGUCUACAUACAUGUCCAUCAACUCAGACAACGGCAACAUUUACGCCUUGCGUUCUUUCGACCACGAAGAGCUUAGAAGCUUUAACAUGGUGAUCCAGGCUGAGGACGCUGGCUUUCCAUCGUUGUGCGCAAAUGUGACCGUGAACGUCUUUAUUCUGGAUCAAAAUGACAAUGCACCAGUUAUUAUCUCUCCUUUAUCAGAGAAUGGGACAGUAGCGACUGAAGCUGUUCCUAGAUCUGCCGACGUUGGAUAUCUAGUGGCUCAGAUUACUGCCACGGAUGCAGACGAGGGCCAAAACUCGCGUCUCUUCUACCAGGUCAUGCAGGCUACAGAUCCCAGUCUGUUUAGUGUUGGUCUCUACACAGGAGAAAUCAGGACGAUUCGACGAAUGGUGGAGAAAGAUCCCACAAGGCACAGGCUGGUCAUUAUGCUCAAGGACAACGGUCAACCUCCCCUCUCAGCCACGACUUCCAUCAUCUUGUCAGUUGUUGACAGCGUGCCGAAGUCCGUGCCUGAUUUCGACGACCUCUCAUUAAGCCCCCAGUAUUGGGGGAACCUCACUCUGUAUUUAAUAGUGUCUCUGGGCGCUGUUGCAUUCACGUUUCUGGUGGCUAUAAUUGUUCUGGUUACAAUAAAAGGAUACAGGGACAGACAUUUUUUCCACGGGUGUAACUUGUCUGUUAGCUCCUGCUGCGGUUUCCGUUAUGAGGCGCCCACCACAGAAGCGUUUAAAAAUUCGAAUUUAAAUGUGCAUAUAUCCUCUGGAUCCAAAAGACCCACAAAUUUUGUUGAGAUGAAUGGCAAUACCCAAGUCACGCAGAAAUACUGCUAUAAAAUGUGCUUGACCCCAGCAUCAUCUAAAAGCGACUUCACGUUCCUAAAGCCGUGUAGCCCGGAAAUUACAACGACCAGAAAUAAUACUACGAGACCGGACAAUGGCUCAUUCACCUGGAGCUCAAGUAGCCGAGCUCUUGAUACAAAUUACGUUGGAGCUUCUCCGAGCGGGAUCAGACGAGCAAACAAAGAUUGGACACUGAUGAAGACUCAACGGAAAUAUGCACAUAAGAGGCCGGCCAGCACGGGAGAGACCCUGAAGGUCCUGUGCAGAGAGACAGUGGACAACGUGGACACCAGUAUCUACGAAGCAGUACCAGAGUACUGGACAUGGAGAAGCAAUGAUUCCAGUGACUCAACUCAGGUUGGUGUCUUUCCAUAUCUUUCUUGGACACCUUGGUAUGGCCAUCCGGAUACCAGCCACCUUUUGUCCGACUACCAACACAAUGUUCACAUUCCGGGAACACCGUCCACGCUCUGCAAACUACAGCUAGCGAACAAUGGGGACCUCGACGUCUACAACUCAUUCUCUACUUUUGGAAAGAAUAAAAAAUUUAUAUCGAAGUACGACCAGCAUGAUGACACCGUUACAACCAAUGACCUUUACAAAUGA